CCGUCAUGUCGGGCCGCCAGGGCAACAAGCUGCCCAGCAACCUGCCCCAGCUGCAGAACCUCAUCAAGCGCGACCCCACGUCCUACACGGAGGAGUUCCUGCAGCAGCUCCACCACUACCAGUCCCACGUGGAGAUCUUCUCCUUCCAGCCCGACAAGCCCAGCAAGGAGCUGGCCGAGCUCGCCAUGUUCCUGGCGCAGGUGGCCCAUUGCUACCCGGAGCACAUGGCCAACUUCCCGCAGCAGCUGAAGGAGCUGCUUUCCUAUCACCACACGGUCCUGGACACCGACCUCCGCAUGACCUUCUGUAAGGCCUUGAUCUUGCUGAGAAACAAGAAUCUGAUCAAUCCAACGAGUUUGCUAGAGCUCUUCUUUCAACUGCUGCGGUGUCAUGAUAAACUCCUACGAAAAACUUUGUAUACUCACAUUGUGACAGACAUCAAGAAUGUAAAUGCUAAACAUAAAAACAACAAAAUAAACACAACUCUGCAGAACUUCAUGUACACUAUGCUGAGAGACAGCAAUCCCACUGCUGCCAAGAUCUCUCUGGAUGUCAUGAUUGAACUUUACAGAAGGAAUAUUUGGAAUGAUGCCAAAACAGUCAAUGUUAUCACAACUGCCUGCUUUUCCAAAGUGACAAAGGUGCUCGUUGCUGGUUUGAAGUUCUUCCUUGGGAGAGAUGAAGAUGAGAACCCAGACAGCGAUUCUGAAUCUGAGGAUGAUGGCCCCACAGCCAGAGAGCUGAUGGUGCGAUACGGAACUAAUAAGAAAACCACCAAGCGCAAGAAGAAACUGGAGAAAGCCAUGAAGGUCCUCAAGAAACAGAAGAAGAAGAGAAAGCCAGAGGUGUUCAACUUUUCUGCUAUUCACUUGAUCCAUGAUCCCCAAGACUUUGCAGAGAAACUGCUGAGACAGUUGGAGAAUUGCAAAGAACGAUUUGAAGUGAAGAUGAUGUUCAUGGACCUGAUUUCCAGGCUAGUUGGAAUACAUGAGCUGUUUCUGUUCAACUUUUAUCCCUUUGUUCAGAGAUUCCUCCAGCCCCAUCAGAGAGAAGUGACAAAGAUUCUUCUGUUUGCUGCACAAGCUUCACAUCAACUAGUACCACCUGAGAUUAUACAGUCUGUGUUAAUGACUAUAGCAAACAACUUUGUCACUGACAAGAAUUCUGGGGAAGUGAUGACUGUGGGAAUCAAUGCAAUAAAAGAAAUCUGUGCAAGAUGUCCUUUAGCUAUGACUGAAGACCUGCUGCAAGACCUUGCCCAAUACAAGACUCAUAAGAAUAAAAAUGUGAUGAUGUCUGCCAGAACUCUGAUACACCUUUUCCGUUCGCUGAAUCCAGAGAUGCUGCAGAAGAAAUUCAGGGGGAAGCCUACUGAGGCCUCACUGGAAGCCAGGAUCCAUGAAUAUGGAGAGCUGGAUGCAAAAGAUUAUAUUCCAGGAGCAGAAGUACUGGAUGUUGACAGUCAGGAGGAAAAUGGAGGGAAGAAAGAGGAAGAUGGAUGGGAAAGCGCUAGUCUAAGCGAGGAGGAAGAGGAUGAAGAUGGCGAAUGGAUUGACGUGCACCACUCUUCAGAUGAAGAGCAGCAAGAAGUGGCAGAAAAGAUGAAAAGCAUGCCCUUAGAGGAGCGAAAAGCCAAAGCAGCAGCAGUCAGCACCAGCAGGCUGCUAACUCAGGAAGACUUCCAUAAAAUACGCCUCGCCCAGCUCUCCAAAGAGCUCAAUUCUGCACCAGGAAAAGCUGCCAAGAGGAAGAACAUUGAAAUAGAUGAUGAAGAGGAGAGGAGGGGAGAGUUGCUUUCGCUGAGAGAUAUUGAACAUCUGCAUAAGAAGCCUAAAUCGGACAAGGAGACCAGACUGGCAACUGCAAUGGCUGGAAGAACAGACAGAAAAGAAUUCGUGAAAAAGAAAACUAAAAUGAACCCAUUUGCCAGCACUACUAACAAAGAAAAGAAAAAACAGAAGAACUUCAUGAUGAUGCGAUACAGCCAUAAUGUCCGGACAAAAAAUAAGCGUUCUUUCAGAGAGAAACAGUUGGCUCUUCGAGAUGCACUUCUGAAACAGAGAAAACGGCUGCUGAAAUAAGGAACAGGCAAGAGGAGGAAUAUUGCGUGUACAGGACAAACCGAAGAUGCCUUAAUCCUUAGAAGAUUUUGAUUCUGAAAAUCUUUCUAGGAUUCAAGGCAGUUAUCCUUCGUUGAAUGUAAAUUACUUCCAGCGAACUGGUUUUGUAUGUGUAAGAGUUAAUUAAAAUAUAUGGCUUUUGGUGUAAAAGAUUUUUACUUGGAGCAGUUGAUGGUUACUGGAAGGAGAUGUCCAUAACAGCCUAGAAGAAGGAGGUGUGUGUGAGUAAUGGCUAUGCCCAUCUUAGGGCUAUGAUAUUCACAGAUUAAAAUAAUAAGCCGUUUUCUAAGUGGUUAUUUUUACCUGUUCAUUAAUAAAAAUUAUUGUACCACAGAUUAUUGAAACAGUCAAUGGGCAUAGCAUUAUACUAUAAAGCUACAAUGUAUGAGAAAAGAAUAAA